CUCUGAACGGGAGAUCUUCCCUGAAACCUACCACAGCACACCUUAGGCCAAGUGCAGCUCCAACGAGUGACAUCGCUCUACUAAGCCUCAAAUCGCAAAUUAGCCUGCGAUGUAUCCCAAUUCCAUCCCCAGAGACAACCAGGACAAACGCAGAUCGACCAGUUAUGACCAGCAGAGGAUAAAGCUCCCGUUUGUGAACAACAACGGCUCCCGUCUCAGUGUGAACAACGAAUCAGGCUACCCCCACCGCAAUUUUUCUGACGGAAUAGUGACUGCUAGACCGUCCUAUUCCGCAGAACGGCUUCCUACAUCCUCACACAGCGCCCAAGAUCUAUACCGACCCAACGACUACCAUACCGGAAGCCGUCUCUCCUCUAGCUUCCAUGAAAUCCCAUCUCCAGACUUUUUCGACUUCUCGAUAAACAAGGAGGAGAAAAAUGAACAAUCAAGACCUAAGCCAUCGGAGUCCACACAUACCACCAGACACAAAUCAAUGCACUAUGAUCCCAUACCAGACCGUGAGUUGACGCCAAAAUUGGAGGAAGAUACCACAUUUAGCUUCUCGGAACAGAACGACUCCAGCAACCAGUUCCUGACAACAUCUGACCCUCCCUACCCUCUAUUUUUGCCCCCUCUCCACCAGAUCGGUCCUAUCAUCGAAUCUCCCAACCGUGAAACCUUCAAGCAGGACUCCCCUCAGAAUUCAGUAUCCACCAGCCUCAGCUCAAAUGCUAUUGGCCUGAUUAUUGGUGGCUAUAACUAUAGUAAUAGUUCCGUUGAAUUGGCAAAAUAUAACUUGGACAACGUUAGGUCACACGAGUCGUCGAUCAGACGAAUUCCCUCUGAUCCCAGACCAUUAGAGGGUCCUCCGCUUUCCAAUGAGAAAAUACAUGCAAGGAAUGGUUCUGAAACUUCAACUAUUUCCACCGCCUCAUCUGCAUCUACUAUCACCCAAUCGUCUGAGAAGGAAAACAAGGACAAGAGGUUUGUACGCUACGCUAUGAAUACCCAGUCCCCACUAGUAAACCCCUCUAAUCGUUGGCAAAUAGGCAAUGUUCUCAGAUGGUUAGAGCACCACAACUUCAAUUCUUCCUGGCAGGAAACAUUUAGGAAAAACGAGAUUUCUGGUAAUCGGUUUCUUGAGUUGAGUAACUUCGAAAAAGAUUCUAUCAUCUGGAAACAGUUCACUAAGUUUUUGACAUUCGACGAAUACUCAUCGGUAGAGAGAUUCAUCGAGUUGUUGAAACUCGAGAUUUCACACAAUGAUCUGAUUCCUUCGGCUCAACAACUCUACUCGAGAAAAAGCUCAAAUGAAUUGCCAACUCCUUAUUCGGCUAAUAGUUCCAACAUGAAAACGGAGUUUAGAAAAUCUACUCCAAUAUUUAAUAAGUUUCCCUUGUCUACACCUUCUUCAAUGGAUUCUUCAUCCACGCUAAACCUCCCACUGGCUGGAGCAAAGCAACGGCCCUUUUCAUAUGUGGAUCCAAGCAACAGAAGCAAAGACACUUUGGUCUCUCCCUCGCACCAUAAAUUCUUCAAAAAGCAUAUUCGAACCCAUUCGAACGAAUCAAGGGACUCUGCGUCCUCUGUUAAUGAAUCCAGCAGACCUGUUUCUGGUACGUUUUUGAAGAAUCAAACUUCUGCCAAAGAAAUUCCAGCCAGAAGAGGUAUCCUUAGCACUUUGAGAAAAUAUGGUGGUGAUAAAGCAGCUGAGAUCGUCAAACAAGUCCUGUCGUCGUCCUCCUCGAACUCGUCCUCGCGAAACACAAGUGGGUCAAAUAUGAAGAACAGAUCUUUCAGUAACUUGAAAGACAUCAAGCGAAUGGCUCCGCCAGAAUUUACAAUUAGUGAUGCCUCAAAUCCCGAAGAAAUUAUUGUAAACCCUGAACAAAGAAAAUCCAUAGAUUCAAGCAAAUCUAUCGUUUCGACGGUUGAUGACACCACUUUGGUUCUCCAACCUAUCAAGUCUACUGAUGCCUCAUCAGUGUCAUUGAAAGAGCUGCCUGAGCCACUUGAAGAAAAAUAUUUGCCUCAACCAUUAAAUGCAUGGCAAAACGAAAUCAUCGUGUUACUUACGAAGGACCAUCAACAAUACACAAAAGUCCACUUUGUGCCUGAAGACUUUGAUUCAUACCAAGCGUUGAAGGACAAAACCGUCAGGUGUUUGGAUUUAAUAAAUAUUGGAAAAUUCACCUUUCACUUGACAGAAUUUGACUCCAAGGAAGGAGCAGCUUUGCCUGAGCUCCUCUUAUUAAAGCUAUUGAAAGAGAAGAUUGCCACUAAAUUAUUUGUGAGACAAGAACUAGCAUCCCCUCUGGGAACCAAUACUUUCUCUACUACAUCAUCAGACUCUAAAUCGUUUGAGAUGGUUGGUGAGAAUGAUGAAAAGGCCUAUCCUGCAACUCCUCAGUACUUACUACAAAAUGUUAAGGAUUCCAAAGUCGAUUACCUCAAUUUCAAAGACAUUAUGGAUAGACUUCCACUUGAUAUUUCCAUGAGAAGGAGGAAAUCUGGCAAUGAGACAAAGCCUAAACAGGAUACUCAAUUCUUUCCACUCAAAUUACCAUUCCCUGCUAACAAAAGACAUAGCGAGAGGCAGAUUUCAACCCUUCUGAUUAACACUACCCAGCUUGAGGAUUAUCCUAGAGCAUCACCGGUGUCUGCUCGUUCUAAUAACUCGUUCAGAGUGAUCAGAAAAGAAGGAAGUGUGAUUGACUUUGAUAAAAGACGCAAAUCACCAUAUGAAACCAAUCCUCCUAAAUUGAUCCCAAACAUUUACUCUUCAUCGGUAUCUGACCAAUUGAAAUCCCCAAUAUCUGCCACUACUGUGCAAACUUUGCGGGAUAAUCCUGCCCCAGAGAAGCCUGAAAAUGAGAGAAGUGGCAGUAUAAUUGCAAAGAGGGCUGCACCUCCGCCUCCACUUAAUAAGGUACAAAGCUUUAAGCGUACUGAAUCUGUGUUGAGACAGAAAAUGUCUGGCAGAGGUGAAGAGCCAUCGGGAUAUAACGGAUCGAUGAAGAGGUUUUCUUCAAAAGCAUCCUCCAGAUCUGCUGGAUCAAAGGAGAUUGAUCCGUUCCAUGAGAACGAGAUAACUUUCGAUGAUGUAUCUGAUUUUCUGUCCAGAAAAAUGGACAACGGCGAUGAUGAUGACGAAUUCUUCGUUAAGCAAGUCAAGCCAAGUAAAGCUCAAGAAAAUGAUGACGAUGAUGAUGAGGACUUCUUUGUGAAACCUAUGAGUAAACCCAAAAUUCCAGACCUGGUGGCCAAGCCGGAUGAUGAUGACUUCUUCAUGAAACCAAUGAGUAAAAAGCAAUCCAAGAGGCCCAAUCUCCAGGUGGAUGUCAAGAUGGACGUCAGACCCCCAGUUGAAGAGGUUUAUGAUAAUCUUGAAAAGUAUUUCCCAUACACCAAUCUCGACAAGCCCAUCAUUGAUGACUCGCCAGAUUCACCAGUAGUCAAUAUUGGACAAACACAGAAGAUAGUGCCUCUCAGACAGCCAACAAUCUCCAGAACCUUCUCAAGUGCCAAUAUUUCGCCUGUGAAAGUGGCCACAGAUGAUCAUGGGGACGAGGUUCUCUACUCCGAGAACACAGCUCCAGGUUUGAAUUGUCGCCGUAUGAAGACGAUCAGAAUUGUUGCGAAUGAAGCUCGUCGUAAGAGAAUGCAUCAAUUGUCCCCUCGAACCGUCAACACUGACAAAGUGGCUAAUUUCCCAACUUCCCAAAUGGGUCUUACCAGAUCCAAUACCAAGAUGUGGGGCCAAAAGGUGGUGGAAGUCACAUCUUCAGAAAUCGAGCAGGGCUUUGUUAGCAAGCUUCGUAACAACAAGAAUGGACAGUUUGAAGAGUUUGCGUGGAUUAAGGGUGAGUUGAUUGGAAGAGGCUCCUUUGGAGCGGUAUACUUGGGCUUAAACGUUACCACCGGUGAAAUGUUAGCGGUCAAACAAGUAGUUGUUAAUCCAGGACGGGGAGGCUCUAAAAAUUCCGAUGGUAUUGAUGCUUUACAUAAAGAAGUGAAAACUAUGAAAGACUUGGAUCAUGUCAAUAUCGUCCAAUACUUGGGCUACGAACAAAAGAAUAAUAUCUACAGUUUAUUCUUGGAGUACGUGGCUGGUGGUUCUAUUGCUUCGUGUAUGAAAUCGUUUGGAAAGUUCGAAGAGCAGUUGAUUCGGUACAUCACCAAACAGGUGUUAUUGGGGUUGGAGUAUCUUCACUCCAACGGGAUUUUGCAUCGAGACUUGAAGGCUGACAAUUUAUUGCUUGAAAUCGAUGGUACUUGUAAAAUAUCCGAUUUUGGUAUUUCCAAACGGUCUCAGGAUAUCUACACCAAUAAUGCCGAAAUGUCGAUGCAAGGAACAGUUUUCUGGAUGGCGCCAGAAGUCAUUGACAGUAUAGUAGAAGACAAAAAACAGGGUUACAGUGCCAAGGUGGACAUCUGGUCGCUUGGAUGUGUGGUGCUUGAAAUGUUUGCUGGAAAACGUCCAUGGUCUAAUGAGGCCGUGAUCAGUGCCAUUUACAAGAUUGGUAAAACUAAAUUGGCCCCACCAAUUCCUGAGGAUAUUGACCAUUUGGUCAGUCUCGAAGCAAAGGACUUCAUCAACAAGUGCUUCACCAUCGACCCAGAAGAAAGACCCACUGCAAAGACGCUAUUGGCACAUCCAUUCGUAAAGUACGAAGAACGUUUCUCGUUUUCCGACACCAAGUUGGCGCAGAUGAUCAAAUUCAACUCGAGGAAAAGUGUAGUCAACUAGCUGGUUUAGAGUGGGUAAUAAGUAUUAAAAUAUACAUUGGGAUAAUUAGGUAAUUGCAAGAGAAUUAGUGUAACUUCUUCAAAAUUUUUGGAAUUUAUAAGGAUGCAAAAGUGAAAUACAAAAAUCUGGUAUAAAACUUC